AAUUAGUUGAGAUCAUAAAAAAUUCAAGAAACUAAAUGUAUUUGAUUGGAUUAAUAUAAAAUUAAAUAAAAUGUGGGUUUUUAAAAAAGAAAAAAGAAUGAGGAUUUCAUUUUAACUUAAAAUGUUAAGAUUUUUGACAAAAUAAUNCAAAUCAACAGAAUGAUAGGAAAAUAAUUAAAAACUUUGAAUUACAUUUAUUGCAAAGUUAUUUAUUUAUACUAUAUAGAAUAAUGAGAAUAUUUAGAUAACAAUAAAAAUUAUAAUUAAAGAAAAAGAUGGAUUAACUUGACAAGGGUGUUUUGGAUUAUUUUAAUAUUAAUAAAUUCUUUUUUAUUAUUCUGGUAGUAAAUCUUCUUUAACUUUAAGUACUUCAUAGUGAUUUAAAAAAUGAUUAAAAUUUAUAUAAUUUAUAUUUAAUGUCAGAAAUCGAAGAAAUAAAUUUAGAGUAGCAUACUUCAAAAAAUCGAUAAUCUAGACAACAAAAUUAACCUGGAAAAACACGAAAACCUAUUAGGAGAUUCAAGAGAUAGAAUAAUUCUUUCUAAUUCAGAAAUAGAAAUAGAGAUAGAGAUAGAAAUAGAGAUAGAGACAUAGAUAGAGAUAGACCAAGAUAAAAAGAAUGGAAAUAAUAAUAAUAAUAGUAUAGUGCAAAUACUCCAGAAUUAUUUGAAAUAGAUAUUUAUAAUUUUUUAGCAAAGAAUUAGAUCUCAGAUCUUAUUGUAAUAAAUUAGUUAAUUUUAGAAUGAUAUUAAGUCAAGAUGUGGUGAAUUGGUAAAACUUCAUAUUAUUGCAAAUAAUAUUCAAGAAAAUGAGGCUGAGACUAGAGUAUAAAUUCAUAAUAUAAAUAGAUUAUUUUAAAAGCAUUUUUUAAGGAUUAAAAGUCAGCUGAUGAAUGUUAUUUUUAAUAUAGCGAUGCCACUUUAGAUAAAUUACAAUUAAGAACAGAGCGAAAAUAUUGA